AAAAAGUUCCUGUAAGCACAAAAAAAAAAAAAGAAAGACAAUUUUUUUUAUUUUUUCUCUCGUUAAAUUUUUCUGUGGUUCCGGUCACCGCAGCUCUGUCAUCAUCUUCAUUCUUCUUCUUCUUCUUCAUCAUCUACCAAUCUGAAAUUUACUCAGAUUCUUUUUGAAUUCCCUUCCUCAAAUUCUCGAUCUGUAUCGUAUAGUGAGAGGGUGAAUUUAGGAUCAUUGUGUCUCUGUGUAUUCUGGUUACAGUUGUAAAUUUGAAAUUUUUAUUUGUGUGUGUGUGUGAAGUCAGAUUCAGUUUCCUGUGAGCUGUAGAGAUUUGGUUUUUGGGGUUAUAUCGUUCUGUGAUCUAUUUUGGGGUUUUUUUUUUUCUUUCUGUGAUUUUGCGUUUAUUGUUUGUUUUCGUCGGCCCGAGUUUACCGGAGCUCCGGGUCUGACGUGAUUUUUUCUCAAAUGGCGGCGUCAGAGAGAUCGAUUGAUAAACAAGUCGACAUGACUUCUUCUUCUUCUUCCUUUCUCCAAAAAUUCAGGCUUUACGAGACCCGCUCGAGCUUUUACAUGAUUGGAAGAGAUAAAAACAGAACGUCUUGGAGAGUCUUGAAGCUAGAUAGGACAGAGCCAACAGAGGUUAACAUUUACGAAGAUUCAACGGCUUACACAGAAGCUGAAUGCUUUGAUACUUUGAGAAGGAUUCAUGAAGGAAACAGGUCAUCUGGUGGUUUGAAAUUUGUCACCACUUGCUAUGGGAUCAUCGGAUUCAUAAGGUUCUUGGGACCUUAUUACAUGCUGAUAAUCACUAAAAGAAAGAAGCUUGGUGAAAUUUGUGGGCACACAGUUUAUGGUGUUGCAAAGAGCAAGAUUAUCACCAUUCCACAUGCUUCUGUGCUAUCCAAUGUGGCUUGUUCUAAGGAUGAGAAAAGGUACAAGAGGCUACUCUGCACUGUUGAUCUCACAAAGGACUUCUUCUUCAGCUAUUCCUAUCACAUCAUGCAUACACUUCAGAGGAAUCUAUCUGACAAGGUGGAAAGACACACUUACUACGAAUCUAUGUUUGUCUGGAAUGAGUACUUAACUCGAAAGAUUCGGAAUAACGUUCAGGACUGUAUGUGGACAGUUGCCUUGGUAUAUGGAUUUUUCAAACAGGUUAAGCUAACAGUAUCUGAGAAGAACUUUAGAUUGACUCUAAUUUCGCGUCGAUCUCGGCAUUAUGCUGGCACAAGAUACCUGAAACGUGGUGUGAACGAGAAAGGCAGGGUAGCUAAUGAUGUCGAGACAGAGCAGAUCGUUUUCGAGGAAGCUCAAGAUGGUAAUCCCGGCCGAAUAAGUUCUGUAGUUCAGAAUCGGGGUUCAAUACCUUUGUUCUGGUCUCAGGAGACCUCACGCUUGAAUAUCAAACCUGAUAUUAUAUUGUCAGCGAAGGACCCCAACUUUGAGGCAACCAGACUGCAUUUUGAAAAUCUUGGAAAGAGAUAUGGGAAUCCAAUCAUCAUUUUGAACUUGAUAAAGACGCGUGAAAAAAGGCCUCGGGAGACUAUUCUGCGUGGAGAGUUUGCAAAUGCAAUUAGAUUUAUAAAUAAAGGGUUAAGCAAGGAGGAUCGUCUAAGGCCUCUUCACUGGGACUUGCAUAAACACUCCAGAAAAAAAGGCACAAACGUGUUGGCAAUUCUCGGCAGGUUGGCUACUUAUGCUCUGAACUUGACUGGCAUCUUCUACUGUCAUCUAACUCCAGAUCUUAAUGGCGAUGGAUUUCAGAACCAGAAUCCGUCCACCUUGGAGAACAACAAAGGUGAUGGUUCUUCUUAUGAUCUACCCAGUAAAGAUGAAAUUGCACCAGAUUUGGCUGUGGAAAGUGGUAAUGAUAGUGAGGAUGCUACUGAAGAUCGGCAAAAGGAAGUUACCAUGCUUCAGAAAGGAGUCCUGAGGACCAAUUGCAUAGACUGUUUAGAUCGCACCAAUGUUGCUCAAUAUGCCUAUGGGUUGGUAGCAUUUGGGCGUCAACUCCAUGCUUUGGGAUUGACAGAGUCUACUAAUAUUGAUCUAGACAAUCCCCUCGCUGAAGAUUUGAUGGGAAUUUAUGAGACAAUGGGAGAUACACUUGCACUUCAGUAUGGAGGAUCCGCGGCACACAACAAGAUAUUUUGUGAAAGGCGUGGUCAGUGGAGAGCGGCGACUCAGUCACAGGAAUUCUUUAGAACUUUGCAACGUUACUACAGUAACGCCUAUAUGGAUGCUGAAAAGCAAGAUGCAAUUAACGUGUUCUUGGGAUACUUUCAGCCACAACCAGAUAAGGCAGCGCUAUGGGAAUUGGGUUCUGAUCAGCAUUACAAUGCAGCAAGAUUUCUUGCCAAUGCUGUACCAGAGAAUUCGAGGUCUACGAUGAAACGAUCUUUAUCAGAAAGUAGCAUCCUUAGCGAGAGCAGUGCAGCUGCGUUAGGUAGACAAGGUUGUGCUGAAAAAGAUGAAGAAGCUAAAGGUCUUUCAGAUUCAGCACCUGAGAUAUCAACGUCUGAAACUGCAACGAUUGCUGCUAGUUUGAGUGCUCCACCACCAAUAUUAGAGGAAUUAGGUUUAGAUGAUAUUCUUGAAAACGAUUGCUUCUGCUGUGAUGGUCAUGGUGAGCAAUGUACAUGUGCAGCUUUUGACAUGGAUUGGGUUUCUUCUUCAGGAAACUCUUGUGAAGAUGAGAGUUACGGAAGAUCCACAGUGGUUAGAUCCUUUGAAACCAUCCCUGAAAGUACAAAAAUAGAGUCAGAAAUUUGUGUUGUUGAACCAGAUUCCAGCAGUAUAAAGUUGAACUCAGAAGCCAUUUCCGGGAUUCCUGAAGGUUAUGUGAGAUGGGACACUUCUGGUGACAACAAAGCUGCUUUUCAACAGUAAACAGUAUUUAAGCAAAGAGAAAAAAGAAAAUAAAAAUGCAUACCUUUAGUGGUGACGGGUAAAAAAGAAAGUAACUGAAAAAGAAGAACUAACCGCCGCUAAUUAUAUAAUUAAUCGGAUUGGAAGCAAGAAAAAAAAAAAAAAAGGGGUUGAAAAGGUGAGAGUGAGAGAGUGAGAGAGAUGGAGAGGGGAUAGAGUAACAAUUUGUAAAUAUGUUUACAGAAGACAUUGAAUGAUGAACAAAACUCAGACUUUGUUCCAAUUUUUUCU